CUCUCUCUCUCUCCCUCUCUUUCUCGGACUAAAAUUGAACUGAAGAUGUCGGUCUUCAGAAUCACAUGAGAAGCCAUGGCUUCUGAAGAAAGUAUGCUCAAUCCUAAAAUGAAAAAGGAAUUUUAGGGAUCGAGAAGAAAAAUAGGAGAUUGAAUUCGAGAGAUGGGGAGAGGGAAGAUACAGAUAAAGAGGAUAGAGAGCACAACAAACAGACAGGUGACUUUCUGCAAGAGAAGGAAUGGAUUGUUGAAGAAAGCUUACGAACUCUCUAUCCUCUGCGACGCUGAAGUCGCUCUCAUCAUCUUCUCCUCCCGCGGCCGCCUCUAUGAGUAUUCUAGUCACAGCACAAAGUCAACAAUUGAGAGGUACAAGAGCACAAGUGCUAACGGUCCAAACUCUGUCGUGGAGAUUAACUCUCAACAAUACUAUCAGCAGGAAGCAGCAAAGUUGCGUCAUCAGAUGCAGAUUUUGCAAAAUGCAAAUAGGCACCUAAUUGGUGAGGGUUUGGCUUCUCUAUCCAUAAAAGAACUCAAGCAAUUGGAAAGCAGACUUGAACGAGCCAUUACAAGAAUUAGGUCAAAGAAGCAAGAGAUGUUGUUUUCAGAAAUCGAGUUCAUGCAGAAGAGGGAAGAAGCUCUACAAAGUGAAAAUAUGUUUCUUAGAGCGAAGAUAACAGAAAAUGAGAGAGCACAAGCAAGCAUAGCCACAACUGCAUCUGCUCUCGAAACUCUUACGACAUUCGACUCGAGAAACUACUUCAAUGUCAACAUGUUGGAAGCAGCUACCAACUAUCCCAAUCAAGACCAGACCACCCUUCACCUUGGGUAUGAUAGCUAAAGCUGCACCUAAUUUAAGUAAAUUGGACCAUAUUUCAUAGUAUGUUAUUUAGCUUCCUAAAUUAUAUAAUAACACUGUAGUAAUGCUUUUCCCAGUUCAACAUUAUCUGUCUAUCAUGAAUCUGAGAUCAGCUUUGCAGAUGAUAAAUGCAUGACUAUUACAUUUCUGUCAAAAAUUUGUGAACAGCUUGCUAGAAAUAUGAUCUCAGAUGCUGUAUGUAAUUGAGAUGAGGAGAAUUGUCGUUGCAAGAAUGGAUAUUUUUUCAGGAUGGUUUAUGGAAAAAUGUUAUGUUGAACCAAGCUAGGGAAUUAUGAUGCCUUUUUGUCAUUGAA